AUGUCGAAAUUGGACGAGGUUAUACAGGAUCUAAUCCACGCCAACCACAUUAUGCAUUACAAUGGGGUGGUUGAUGCAUUUGGACAUAUUUCGGUCCGUCAUCCUCAUAAGCCAGAUGUCAUGAUCAUGUCGGCGAACAUGGCACCGGCUUUGGUCCGCACGGGGGAUGAUUUCGUCGAAUAUCGCAUUGAAGAUGCCCAGCCUGUCGCGAAAGAGGGUGCACGAGGAGGUUUCAUUGAGCGAUAUAUUCACUCUGAGCUCUUCAAGAAGUACCCGGAUAUCAACUCAGUGAUUCACUGUCAUGCGCAGGAUGUUCUACCAUACGCAGUGUCUGGGGUUCCAUUCAAACCAUUUGGCCAUACGAAUGGAUUUCUUGGUCAGUCUCUACUUUCUCCCCCCCAAGAGAUCAAUCUUAUCAGCAUGUUCAGCGACUUGAUGACUGUCACUGACUCACAUCAACACCAGGACAAGAAACACCUAUCCACGACGUCGAAGAAUGCUAUCGACCAGGCGACUCACACGACCUCCUCAUAA